GAAUCGUUUUCCAAGGUGGAUACAACUAGAAUCGUCCCUUCCCCCCGCAAACUGACAGCCCAGUGUUGUAUCAAUUAAAGCGGUAGGGUGCAUGUUUUGUCCACAGUCGCGGUGGAGGGGGUGCCACAUCGCGCUCCGGUUGGUCGAUGGGAGGGGCUCGGCUCGGUGGGCGGGGCUACAGACUCCCCGCUAUGCACGGAAUAUACAGCUGUCAACAGGACAAGUUGUUCAGUAGCGAUAGAGUCGUCGUACGAGCAACAACUCAAUCUGCGCGCUCCGUUACAUACUAGUGUCCCGUUUGCUAUGUUGAGCGGAUUACGAUCGUUUAGUGUUUGUGUUUUCGUCCAGUGUAGUUUGACUGUGCACCAGUGAAAUAGACUUUAGACUGUUCUAUAGUUCGUGCCGAUGAACCAUGGUGAAAAUUGAGCUUUUACCAUACGACAUUCCGAUCAUGGCGCGAACCCCUCUCAAAUCUUCGUUCAGCAUCAGUUCCAUUCUGCCUGAGACCGCAUCCCAACCGCCGAGUCCCAGAAGUCCCGAGAUGGAGAGUUGUGUCCCGCCUAGUAACUCCAGUGGUAGUGACGUCAGCGACUUGGAGUCCGAUCUGGAUGUGACGGGAACGGGAACACCACCUCCGCUGGACUGCACCAACCGACCCUCCGAGAAAGAGGACAAACCCGAGGAGAAGAAGAAAAACGAAAAACCACCUUACAGUUACAACGCACUCAUCAUGAUGGCGAUCAGACAGUCUCCGGAGAAACGCCUCACGCUGAACGGCAUCUACGAGUACAUCAUGAGAAACUUCCCGUACUACAGAGAGAACAAGCAAGGUUGGCAGAACUCUAUAAGGCAUAACCUAUCUCUCAACAAGUGCUUCGUCAAAGUUCCCCGUCACUACGACGACCCCGGCAAAGGCAACUACUGGAUGUUGGACCCCAGCAGCGAGGACGUGUUCAUUGGAGGAACCACCGGCAAGUUGAGGAGAAGAUCUACAGCGGCUUCCAGAAGCAGGUUGGCAGCUUUUAAAAGGUCAGUGGUCCUCGGUGCGGGUUCCCUGUAUCCUGGAGGUAUUGGGCCAGCUGGAGCUGCAGGAGCGUUCCCCGCUCCUUGGAUGUCUCACCUGGGACAGUUCUACUGCAAUCCUGCGUCCCUUUACCACAGGUUCCCCGCUGGAUAUCCUUACCCGGCUCUGCUCCAGCCACUGCCCAAGCCGACGCCUCUGACUCCUGCGAUAGGAUUCUCCGUGGAUCGACUCCUGGCCGAUUCUUCCUCCACGUUUCGCCCUGCCGUCUACCCUCCUGGCUACGACCUCUACAGCAGCCUCCGGAACUCCCUGCAGCACCAACAGCUGAUGGCUGCCGUGUCGCUCCCCACGACCUCCACGACAGCAUCCUCGUCGUGUAGUAGCAGUCCCGAGCCUAGACCCAUCUACAAACCCGUCACUGUGCUGUCCAGGCCCUCUAGCUAGUCGUGUGUAUAGCGGACACUUCCAUUACCAAAGUGAGUCCUUAUGAUCUCUUAUUUAUGUAUCGCCUUUUGUAAAUAGUGUAUAUUGUGUUAUUUGUUAUUUAGGGCAUAACGAGAACCACGAUCAAUUACUAAGUAAUUACACGAUAGACUGUAAUUAGUUGUUUAUGUUUAUAAUGAGUUUAGUGGUUAACAAAAUGAAAACAUGCCCCUGCAAUGCCUUAAUUAAUCUAAGAUGUUCUGUAAUUUAAUGUAAAGUGUAAGUUUGUGUUUUUGUCUUAAAUGAUGUUUUUUUCGUUUUUGUUUGCAUUGCACGGUCCAUAUUUAUUUAAAUGGUAAACCUAUACAUAAAUCUAAAUUUUAUCUAAUAAAAUGAAUAUUUAAAAUCCAUCCAAUUUACAAUUUUACCUAAACAAACUUGAAUAAAAAAAUACUUUACGCGGGUUUUCUAGUGUUAAAGGAACUAGGUAAUUAACACCUAAACUUAACAACAACGUAGAACUAGAUAUUUUGGAUAACUAUCAGAUUUAUAAAAUAUUUACAAACAUCAUUAUUUUGAAAUAUCAUCAAACUUUUUAAGGUACCGUAAUCGAUUUACCGCCAAAUCUAGGCUGGCUGCAUUUUAGGCGCCUAUUGCAGACUCCACUGCCGCCGUCGGGUCUGCAAGUUUCCUAAUUGCGUGGUGGCCUAAAACGUUUUACAUGUAACAUGAUAUUUUUGCACAGGUGUUGUUUGUUUGUUUGGCCGUCCGUUGACACAACAGUUCCUUUUGUUUUUACUGCCCCGAGAUAUUUUCAGACCGAAUAGCUCCAAACAAACAGUUUAUUUGUUGGAUAGCUCAAGGGUGGAAAUCAACCUAUUUUCUCCUCUUUGAUAAUAGUUUUAGAUCCUCCUGUA